AUGGUACAGUCCAGAAAGUUCAGAGGAGUGAGGCAGCGCCAGUGGGGCUCUUGGGUGUCAGAAAUUCGCCACCCUUUACUUAAGAGGAGGGUGUGGCUAGGAACAUUUGAGACAGCAGAGGCAGCAGCAAGAGCAUAUGACCAAGCAGCCAUAUUGAUGAAUGGACAAAAUGCCAAGACCAAUUUCCCCACUUCAAAUAACAACAGCAACAACAACAGCUCUGGUCAAGACACAAAGCCCACUGACCAAGACUCUCCAUGGUCUCCCAAGGCACUUUCAGAGCUGCUCAACUCCAAGCUCAGAAAAUGCUGCAAAGACCCAUCUCCCUCCCUCACUUGCCUGAGGCUUGACAAUGACAAUUCUCACAUUGGGGUGUGGCAGAAGCGCCCUGCCGGAUCGCGGGCAAGCUCCAAUUGGGUCAUGAGGAUCGAGCUUGGGAAGAAAAAGAAACACAUUUCUGAUCAUCAUGGAUCCAUGUGCUCCUCAUCCUCCUCCUCAUCCUCCUCAUCCUUUUCGUCAUCGACGAGUUCAUCAAUGGUGGGAUUGAUUGAGGCUGGAAUGAGUGAAGCAGAUCAGGAUGAAGAGGAUAAGCUUGCAAUGCAGAUGAUAGAAGAGUUACUUAAUUGGAAUUAUCCAAUUCCUUCAACAACAAGUAAUGUUCAAGAAGGAAAUAUUAUUUAA